AUGCACUGGGCUGCCAUCUUGGAUUAUGACAUUGUCGUCAAGUCGGGGAAGGUGAGGAUUGCCACCUUUCGGAGUCAGAAAUCUGACUUCAGGGGGGCGUUCCAGAUGAAUCUCCUUACUCAGAGCUUGGAAAUACCGACUUUCAAGUACAACUGGAACAACCUUUUCCCAGUUUUAUUGGUUGGUCUUCUGGCUCACAUGAAAG